UUCUUUGAUCUCUGCACGUUUAUCUGUCCACAUCCUCGUUAAUUUUCAAAUUUUAAUUAGCUCUAUCUUCUCUAAAACCGAAAAAUCCAAAUCUACUCACUGAUUUUGAGAUAUCCAAAACACUGGAAGCCUUAGUUUUCUUGGGUCGAUCACAGGGAGCAGAUGGUGAUGGAUGGAGAGGAAGAAGGAAACGGGGGAGGAGGAGAGGAAAUUGAAUCGAAAGAAUCAAGCCCACGAGAUGGAAGUGAACUUGUUCAAGAGAUAUUGAACAUCGUCGAAUCUGUAGCUCAGUUCGCAGAUUACCGGAGAACGCAUAAGAAAGAUUGCUUUAGCCUGGUUAGGCGUAUGAAACUUCUGCUGCCCCUCCUAGAGGAGAUCAGGGAAUACAAUGCGCCAAUUUCCGAUAAGGGUAUUUCUUGUUUGAGUAAUUUAAAGAAGGCGUUUAUUUUGGCCAGAAAGCUGCUAAAAAUUUGCAAUGAGGGAAGCAAGAUUCAUCUGGCUGUGGAAAGCGAGGCUUUUAUGAUGAAAUUUCGCAAAAUCAAUGAAAAAUUAUACCAAGCUCUGGAAGGUGUGCCUUUCGAUGAAUUUGGAAUUUCUGAUGAGGUGCAAGAACAGGUGGAGUUCAUGGGGGUGCAGCUUAAACGAGCAAAGGGGAGAACAGAUACUCAGGAUAUAGAACUUGCAAUGGAUAUGAUGGUUGUACUCUCAAAAAAUGAUGAUAGGAAUGCUGACAGUGCUAUAAUAGAAAGGCUAGCAAAAAAGCUAGAUUUACAUACUGUUGAAGACCUGAAAAAUGAAACCAUUGCCAUAAGGAAUCUUGUUAAAGAAAGAGGAGGCCAAGGCCAUAAUGCAGAGAAUAUCCAGCAAACCAUUGAUCUUCUGAACAAAUUCAAAGAGAUUAUAGGAAUGGAAAUAACUGAUGUUCUAGACAAUCGUUCUAUGUCUAAAACGUUGGAGAAGUGCGCAUCUUUAGUCAUUCCCCACGAAUUCCUCUGUCCAAUCACACUAGAAAUAAUGACAGAUCCGGUUAUUAUUGCAUCUGGACAGACAUAUGAAAGGGAAAGCAUACAGAAGUGGUUUAACUCUAAUCACCGGACCUGUCCAAAGACGAGAGAAACUCUGGCUCACCUGUCGGUUGCACCAAAUUAUGCCCUUAGAAACCUAAUCUUGCAAUGGUGUGAGGAGAACAAAUUUCACCUCCCCAAAAAAGCUGAUUUUGCAUCCUCUGAGAGCUCCCCUGAGCACAGUGAGGAAAUCUGCUCUUUAGUUAGGGACCUAUGCUCUACUCAGUUGGAAAUGCAAAGGAAGGCUGUGAAGAAGAUUCGUAUUCUCUCCAAAGAGAAUUCUGAGAAUAGAAUCUUGAUUGCCAAAAAUGGAGGAAUAGCGCCAUUAGUUCAAAUUCUGUCCUAUCCAGAUUCUAAAAUUCAAGAGAAUUCCGUGACAGCUUUGUUGAAUUUAUCAAUUGAUGAGACUAACAAGAGACUCAUAGCUAAAGAAGGAGCCAUUCCAGCUAUAAUAGAAGUUUUGCAGAAUGGAAGUAGAGAGGCUAGGGAGAAUUCUGCAGCAGCUUUGUUCAGCUUAUCGAUGCUUGAUGAGAACAAGGUAACUGUGGGCCUAUCCAAUGGCAUCCCACCAUUAGUAGACUUGUUACAGAAUGGGACAGCGAGAGGAAAAAAAGACGCUGCCACUGCACUGUUUAACUUAUCUCUCAACAACUCAAAUAAGGCUAGAGCCAUUGAUGCUGGCAUCGUUCCGCCCUUACUUCAGUUGCUCAAGGAUAAAAACUUAGGUAUGGUUGAUGAGGCCCUCUCCAUCUUGUUACUUCUCGUGUCACAUCCUGAGGGUCGGAGUGAGAUUGGGCAGCUAUCAUUCAUUGAAAUCCUUGUAGAAUUCAUCAAAGAAGGCACCCCAAAGAACAAGGAAUGUGCAACAUCAGUCCUUCUUGAGCUGGGGUCAAACAACUCAUCUUUCAUACUUGCUGCACUUCAGUAUGGUGUAUAUGAACAUUUAGUUGAGGUCAAAACCAGCGGAACCAAUAGAGCCCAGAGAAAAGCAAAUGCUCUUUUACAACUUAUGACCAAGACCGAACAAAUUUGAGAUAUAAAUUCAAACUUCUACCUCUAAUUUCUCCUGCCACAUUAAAUUGAAGUUACAAAGAAGAUACCCAUCGAUUGCUUAUUUAAUCUUUAGCUGUGAUUUGGAUACUGUCUGUUGUAUUUUUCUCAAUAUGUUCUUUAGCAAUCUACUCUGCUUUUCUUUUGUUUUAGAGUGCCAAGCAUGUGGGUAUUACUUACUCUGCAUGAUUGUAGGACAGACUAAUUAAUCAAUCCAUUAUAUUAAUGUAAGCAAAAACUCUGUUGAGUUGAUCCUAUAUUGUUUA